ACCAGCUCAAGAUGGACCAAGAAUCGUACCGUUACGUCGAAGGGCUGUGGAUGCACAAGUACUUUAGGGACGAAGCAAUUCACUCAGCUAUCCAUUACAAACCCAGGGACGGCGAUGUUUUCGUCAUGACUUAUCCCAAAUGUGGAACCAACUGGACAAUGUUCAUUGUUCACAACAUCCUGUCACGCGGCAAAGAACAUUCCAGUGUCGUCGAGUUUAGGCUCAUGUGUCCGUUCAUCGAAUUGACCGGAGCAGGUGCGGCCUUGAACCCAUCCCGAACGGGUCCUAUCAUGACCCAUCUUCCGUUGAGCGUUUUUCCGCCGGUGGACAACGCGAAGUACAUAUACGUGGCGAGAAACCCUUACGACUGUGCCGUGUCCUACUACCACUUCUUAAAGGGGUUAACGCCAAAGACGGUCGCCGAUGUUUCCUUCGAGAGUUUCCUACCACUUUUCUUGUCCGGCAAGGUCAUUUAUGGUGAUUACUUCGACCACUUGCUGCCUUGGUACGAGCGGAAAAAUGAAGCUAAUGUGCUUUUCAUUACCUACGAGCAACUGAAAGCAGACACGAGGGCGCAGGUUCUGAAGAUUGCCGACUUUCUCGGCGAAGAUCACGGCUCUGCACUACGCGAGGACAACGCUCUCCUCGAGAAGGUGCUGCACGCCUGCAGUCUCGAGAACAUGAAAAUAUUCUUCAGCGAAAGCCCGAUGGAGGGCGUGAAAAAAAUCCUCGAGAAAACCUGCGAGAAAAGUGCUCCCCCUGAAGUAUUGAAAAAUAUGGAUACGGAACCUGCCGAGAUGCACGAGGGCUCAGGGUUUGUGCGUAAGGGAAUAGUGGGUGACUGGAGAAACUACUUCACAGAGGAGCAGAUAAAUGAAAUGAAAAAAUGGAUUGAAAGAAAGACCCAAGGAAGUGAUGUAAUGACUCUUUGGAGUGACUGCCACAUGCCUUGAAGCUGCCUUUGUUUUGUCAAACCAACAGCCUUUUUGAGUCAAACAGUAGCCGCAAUAUUUAAGAGCUAUCUGCAGCUCCACAUUAGAUCCUAACACCCAAACAAAUGCAUGUGCACAAUAGAAACUAUGUGAAAUUAGUAUUUAUUGUCCUUUACACUGUGGUGGUCAAUAAAAAGUUCAAGAAACAAAGCCCUUGGUCGGAGAGCGCUUCUGGGCGUUUGUGUGGAUUCUAAAUCACAUGUUUGCUAAAAAGCAGCAGUAUGUAUACAGCGUUUAUUUUCGCGUCUUCUCUGUUUUCUUUCUGCAACUGUUAUUCUGAAGAG